CUCUUGGAAGCUCAUAGGAAGACCUUUGACACAACAUACUCAGACUUCACGCAAUUCAGGCCUCCAGUCAGAGAAAACUCCAACAAGAAGAAUUACAAGAUCCUCAUCUGUUCAAACACAGAGUUUUUCCUCAGACUCAGAUCCCUUUAGUUCAUCUCCAGAACCCUCAGAGCAUUGCUUUUUUUUCAAGCUCCUUAUUCGGUGACUACAACAGUGCUAGUUCCCCUGGGAGUGCCAAUGACCUGACAAUGCUCCCACACCUUGCAGAUCUGGUCAGCUACAGCAUACAGAAAGUCAUUGGGUUUGCCAAGAUGAUACCUGGAUUCCGUGACCUCACUGCAGAGGACCAGAUUGCCUUGUUAAAAUCAUCCGUUAUCGAAGUUAUAAUGCUGCGAUCUAACCAGUCAUUCUCCCUGGAUGAUAUGUCCUGGACAUGUGGCAGUGAAGACUUUAAGUACAAAGUUGAUGAUGUGACACAAGCUGGUCAUAACAUGGAGCUCCUGGAGCCUCUGGUAAAAUUCCAGGUGGGGCUGAAGAAACUGAACCUACAUGAAGAAGAACAUGUCCUCUUGAUGGCCAUUUGUAUUCUUUCACCAGACCGCCUGGGUGUGCAGGAUAAAGCACUGGUUGAAGCCAUUCAAGAUCGCCUCUCUUCUAUCCUUCAAACAUACAUCCUCUGCAAGCAUCCUCCUCCAGGAAGUCGACUCUUGUACCCUAAGAUGAUCCAGAAACUGGCUGACCUUCGCAGCCUAAAUGAAGAGCAUUCCAAACAGUAUCGCUUCAUCUCUUUCAAGCCAGAGCAUAGCACGAUGCUGACUCCACUAGUGCUUGAGGUCUUUGGCAAUGAAAUCUCUUGA